UCCAGGUCGCAACUCCGGCAGGUUUAGGGCGAAGGGACGCUCGGCUCUCGACUCGCGUCCCCUGCGGCCCCGGCCGCGGAGUCCCACCCCCGGAGGCGCCCUACGCCCACCGCAGCUCCGGACUCAGGUCCUGGAGUCUCUGCCGUAGCUCGCCGCCACCGUUCUAGGCGCGACGGGUGGCGCGGGAAUAAAGUUUUCCCAAACCCGGUCUGGGGAGAGGGUUGGAUGGGGAGGAUCCUCCCAGCCCCAGACGCCACGGCGGGGGACGGUGCCCCUCUGCGGCUUCACAUCCCCGCCCCCCUACUCCCAGGGUCUCUGCUUUCUGGAGGCGCCCUGGCCGGCCAGAUGGGCUGACCCGUGCACCGUCCCCUCCCACCCCCGUCCCCGGCCCCAGCCCCGGUCCCUCCCCCGCCUCCCGCGCGCCCGGGCCCCAGCGUCUCCGGCCCCGCCUGCGCCGGGGUCGCUGCAGUCCCCGCGGCCGCCCGAGGCUCCCUGCCCAGGCGCCCCGGCCCUUUUCCCAGCCUGGGGAGCGCCUCGGGGCGGGGGAGCGCGGGACGGCGAGGGAGGCCGAGGCGGGGGCCCUGGGCGCCCCGGAUCUGCGAGCCGGCGAGGCAGCCCCGACUCCGGGAGCCGGAACGCAGGGAAAGGCAAGGACGGGGCGCCCGGCGGAGGGGCGGGCGCCGCUCAUCAGCCACGCCAGUCACGUCUGGGGCCACCCGGCUGCCUCUUUCUUCCUUUCCCCCUUUGCCUUCUCCCCCCUCCCGCGUUGGCGAGGGCAAAGUGGCCGUGGCGGCGCCAUGCCCGGGCCGGAGUGAGUGCGCGCGGGCGAAAAUGGCGUACAUCCAGCUGGAGCCAUUAAACGAGGGUUUUCUUUCCAGAAUCUCUGAUCUGCUGCUGUGCAGGUGGACCUGCAGGCACUGCUGUGAGAAGUGCUGUGCGUCCAGCUGCUGCCAGUCGAGUGAGGAUGAAGUGGAAAUUCUGGGACCUUUUCCCGCUCAGACCCCGCCCUGGCUGAUGGCCAGCCGGAGCAGUGACAAGGACGGUGACUCUGUCCACACGGCCAGUGAUGUCCCGCUGACCCCACGGACCAACUCCCCGGAUGGGAGACGCUCGUCCUCAGACACAUCCAAGUCCACGUACAGCCUGACCCGGAGGAUCUCAAGUCUGGAGUCGAGACGCCCCAGCUCCCCGCUCAUCGAUAUCAAGCCCAUUGAAUUCGGCGUGCUCAGCGCCAAGAAGGAGCCUAUCCAGCCCUCGGUGCUCAGACGGACCUAUGCCCCCGACGACUAUUUCCGGAAGUUCGAGCCCCGGCUCUACUCGCUGGACUCCAGCAGCGACGACGUGGACUCCCUGACGGACGAGGAGAUCCUGUCCAAGUACCAGCUGGGCAUGCUGCACUUCAGCACCCAGUACGACCUGCUGCACAACCACCUCACCGUGAGGGUGAUCGAGGCCCGGGACCUGCCGCCCCCCAUCUCCCACGACGGCUCGCGCCAGGACAUGGCGCACUCCAACCCCUACGUCAAGAUCUGCCUCCUGCCCGACCAGAAGAACUCGAAGCAGACGGGGGUCAAGCGCAAGACGCAGAAGCCCGUGUUUGAGGAGCGCUACACCUUCGACAUCCCCUUCCUGGAAGCCCAGAGGAGGACCCUGCUGCUCACCGUGGUGGAUUUCGAUAAGUUCUCGCGCCACUGUGUCAUCGGCAAAGUGUCCGUGCCCUUGUGCGAAGUUGACCUGGUGAAGGGCGGGCACUGGUGGAAGGCGCUGAUCCCUAGCUCCCAGAACGAGGUGGAGCUGGGGGAGCUGCUCCUGUCUCUGAAUUACCUCCCGAGUGCUGGGCGACUGAAUGUUGAUGUCAUUCGAGCCAAGCAGCUUCUUCAGACGGAUGUGAGCCAAGGGUCAGACCCCUUUGUGAAAAUCCAGCUGGUGCAUGGACUCAAGCUUGUGAAAACCAAGAAGACCUCCUUCUUAAGAGGCACAAUCGAUCCCUUCUACAAUGAAUCCUUCAGCUUCAAAGUGCCCCAGGAAGAACUGGAAAAUGCCAGCCUAGUGUUUACAGUGUUCGGCCAUAACAUGAAGACCAGCAACGACUUCAUCGGAAGGAUCGUCAUUGGCCAGUACUCCUCCGGCCCCUCCGAGUCCAACCACUGGCGGCGCAUGCUCAACACCCACCGCACCGCUGUGGAGCAGUGGCACAGCCUGCGGUCCCGAGCCGAGUGCGACCGCGUGUCUCCCGCCUCCUUGGAGGUGACCUGAGGUGACCCGCGGGGAACACAGCUUUCAUAUGUGGGGGAAAAAAAAUAAACAAAUGUGUCCCAUCCUAUUACAUCCACACCUGCCUACACUCACACACAUCCCCGAAGUCCUCUCUCUCUAGUGAUCCCAGAGUGGCCGCCUUCGAUGAGCGAGGCCUGAGAACUUUCCGGAAGCCCCAUCCAUAAUUCAUGAGCUGAGGGGCUCUCUGCAGUGCCUCUCUUGUUGAUACCCUACCCGUAAAGGCACUUUCAACCCUCGGGCUGGAGAAGAGGCCUCCCAGAAGGUGCCAAGCUCCAUUGAGACCCAGUUUGGCCAGUGUGUGGGAGGCCCGUCUCCCUACUCCCAAAUCACACACCCUCUGGGGAACUUCUGUGCCCUGAGGGCCCUCACACCCAGUCCCUUUCUCCAAAGGUAUAAGUAUCCUCAUCUUCUCCUUAGUAAAUGUGAUAAAUAGGUUAGCCUAUCUGGAGAAAGCAAUGGCAACCAAAAUGUUCCAGUAUAAGAAACCCCCCUCGGCUUAACUGAAUCUGUCCUUGUGUUAGCUUAUUCCAGGGACUCUGCGUGUGUGUGUGUUCUCAUGUGUGUGCCCUCCCAGGCGAACAUGUGUGUGUGCCUGUGUGUCCUCUUGGCGAACCAGGGGAUGGUUCAGGACCUGCACCCUGAACACUCCCUGCUUUCUGCUUCUCUCAUCCAGUGAGCUGUCCCCCAGUGUCCUGCUGUCUGUCAAAGACCCCACCUUGGGCAGUGGUUAUGUGUGCGUACAUCAAGUUAGUAGGGUAUGAUAGAGCAAAAGUAACACUCUUUGACCGAAUCAUGGUGAUUGUGACCCACAAAAGACCUGGAUUUAAAUGGCAACACAUCCCAUCCACGGGAAUCUCCUUCCUUAAUCACUUUCAGGAUAUUUCUCUGUGUGUGAACCAAUGUCAUGUCUCAUGUGCUAAAGAACUAUUGUAGUCUCUCUCUCUCUCUCUCUCUCUCAGAAGCUUCUGUAUCUUUUCCCACAGUAUAUUGUCUGGUGUGAUGGGGAGCUAUUUAUUGAAAUUAAAGAUUAUUUAUUUGUGCCAUGCA